GACCAUCCUUUCCGCGCGCUCGUGCACUUCCAUUGUCGUCGGUCGUCGCCGUCGCCAUCAUCGAGCCCAUUGCAUUUCGAUUCUUCGCAAACAGACGUGAAAACCCAUUCCGCUCAGUUUGCGAUCAGGCGAGGAAGAAGUGGGAAAUGGGUUCCGGCCAAUCCGCCGAUGAGAAAUCACUCCACGAGUUCACCGUCAAGGACAGCAAAGGCAAUGAGGUGAAUCUCGGUGCUUACGAAGGGAAGGUUCUUCUCGUCGUUAACGUCGCUUCCAAAUGUGGGUUCACCGAACAGAAUUACACUCAGCUGACUGAACUUCACAACAGGUACAAGGAUAAAGGAUUUGAAAUCUUGGCAUUUCCAUGCAACCAAUUUCUCAGACAAGAGCCAGCAACUAGCCAGGAGGUGGAAGAAUUUGCUUGUAACACAUACAAAGUCGAAUUUCCCAUUUUCCAAAAGGUUUGUGUCAAUGGGCAAGAAACAGCGCCCCUGUACAAGUACCUGAAAGCACGUAAAACUGGAUUUUUGGGUUCAAGAAUAAAAUGGAACUUCACCAAGUUUCUAGUAGACAAGGAAGGGCGAGUCAUCAACCGCUACGGGACAACUACGCCUCCACUUGCCAUCGAGGAACACAUCCAGAAAGCAUUGGGAGUGGCAUGAUUGUCAUUCUGUGGCCUAUCAAAGUUACAGAAGUUGGUUUAACAUGUCUUGACUAGGAGACGGAAUAAAGUAUAUGAAAGCAACAGAAGUUUCUGUUGCUGUGACUGAUUAUCUCCAUACUAAGUGCUUAUUGUCUAAGUUAGUUCUCACAAAGCUUUUUUCUGUUAACAUUACCUGAUCAGGAUGACCAUGAAUUUUUUGGUUAAGCAUGUUUUAGAUGUGGAAAGAAGGACCCGUUGUUAGGCGAAAUUCAUUUGUUCUUUGAGAUUCGACAAUUCUGAAUAUGGUUGAAGCAGAUGAAGAUAUUUUAUAGCUCAUUAUUGUUGAAUUGAUCAUUGUGGCCUGCAGUUCAAUGUGCUAGAUACACGAA